CCUUCAACUCCGCGGGGCAGUAGGAGUUAGUUAGCAAAGAGCCGAGGCCGGGCGCGCGACCCUCGUCCUUCUGCCCCUGGCCGCACACUUUGCGCACAUCUCUUUUUCUGCAUGGUGGAUAUUAUUUUUCAUUAUCCUUUUCUGGGUGCUAUGGGUGAUCAUUCCAAGAAGAAGCCCGGGACGGCCAUGUGCGUGGGCUGCGGGAGUCAGAUCCACGACCAGUUUAUCCUGCGGGUGUCGCCCGACCUCGAGUGGCACGCGGCCUGCCUCAAGUGUGCCGAGUGCAGCCAGUACCUGGACGAGACGUGCACGUGCUUCGUGAGAGACGGGAAGACCUACUGCAAGCGGGACUAUGUCAGGCUGUUCGGCAUCAAGUGCGCCAAGUGCCAGGUGGGCUUCAGCAGCAGCGACCUGGUGAUGAGGGCGCGGGACAGCGUGUACCACAUCGAGUGCUUCCGCUGCUCCGUGUGCAGCCGCCAGCUGCUGCCUGGGGACGAGUUCUCGCUGCGGGAGCACGAGCUGCUCUGCCGCGCCGACCACGGCCUCCUACUCGAGCGCGCCGCGGCCGGCAGCCCGCGCAGCCCCGGCCCGCUUCCCGGCGCCCGCGGCCUGCAUCUGCCCGACGCUGGGUCGGGCCGGCAGCCCGCGUUGCGCCCGCACGUGCACAAGCAGACGGAGAAGACGACCCGCGUGCGGACUGUGCUGAACGAGAAGCAGCUGCACACUCUGCGGACCUGCUACGCCGCCAACCCGCGGCCCGACGCUCUCAUGAAGGAGCAGCUGGUGGAGAUGACCGGCCUGAGUCCGCGGGUCAUCCGCGUCUGGUUCCAGAACAAGCGCUGCAAGGACAAGAAGAAAUCCAUUCUCAUGAAGCAGCUGCAGCAGCAGCAGCACAGCGACAAGACGAGCCUUCAGGGACUGACUGGGACGCCCCUGGUGGCGGGCAGUCCCAUCCGCCAUGAGAACGCCGUGCAGGGCAGCGCAGUGGAGGUGCAGACGUACCAGCCGCCGUGGAAGGCGCUCAGCGAGUUUGCCCUCCAGAGCGACCUGGACCAACCCGCCUUCCAACAGCUGGUCUCCUUCUCCGAGUCCGGCUCCCUAGGCAACUCCUCCGGCAGCGACGUGACCUCCCUGUCCUCGCAGCUCCCGGACACCCCCAACAGUAUGGUGCCGAGUCCCGUGGAGACGUGAGGGGGACCCCUCCCUGCCAGCCCGCGGACCUCGCAUGCUCCCUGCAUGAGACUCACCCAUGCUCAGGCCAUUCCAGUUCCGAAAGCUCUCUCGCCUUCGUAAUUAUUCUAUUGUUAUUUAUGAGAGAGGACCGAGAGACACGGUCUGGACAGCCCAAGGCGCCAGGAUGCAACCUGCUUUCACCAGACUGCAGACCCCUGCUCCGAGGACUCUUAGUUUUUCAAAACCAGAAUUUGGGACUUACCAGGGUUAGCUCUGCCCUCUCCUCUCCUCUCUGCGUGGCCGCCGCUCUGUCUCUCCACGCCCCACCUGUGUCCCCACCUCGGCCGGCCCGGAGCUCGCCCACGCGGACCCCCGCCCUGCCCCCGCUCAGCGCUCCCUGGCGGCUUCGCCCGGGCUCCUAGCGGGGAAAAGGAAGGGGAUAACUCAGAGGAACAGACACUCAAACUCCCAAAGCGCAUGAUUGUUGGGAAACAGUAGAAACCAGACUUGCCUUGAAAGUGUUUUAAGUUAUUCGACGGAGGACAGAGUGUGUGAGCCUUUGCCGAACAAACAAACGUAAGUUAUUGUUAUUUAUUGUGAGAACAGCCAGUUCAUAGUGGGACUCAUAUUUUGAUCUUAAUAAAAAAUAAUAACCCGGG